CACUACUUUCCAGAACACCAAUGUCCAUCAUCGACCGUGUAGUCCUUGUUGCCGGUGCCUCCAAGGGCAUCGGCAGAGCGAUUGCCCUGCAGGCCGGCAAAGAAGGUGCACAUGUGAUUGUCAACUACCACACCGAUGCGCAGGGUGCCGACAAGGUGGUUGCGGAAAUUGGGGCUAAUCGCGCGCUGGCCAUCCAAGCGGACAUCUCCAAAUCGGCCGAUAUUGAGCGACUGAUCAAGGUAUCCGUUGCACGCUUUGGCAAGAUUGAUGUGGUCAUUCCAAACGCGGCCUACGUGCCCUUGGCCGACGUGGAGACGGCCACCGAAGAACAAUUUGAUAUGGCAUUUGGCGUUAAUGUCAAAGGACCGUGGCUUCUUGUGCAGAAAUCCCUUCCCUACCUGAGCAGCGGCAGCACGGUGAUCUUCAUCUCCUCGGACUUGACCGACUUCAGUACGCUGCCGCCACCGCUGUUCCUCUAUAUCUCGACCAAAGGAGCCCUGAAUCUGAUGGUCCGGUCAAUGGCCCAGACGCUAGCAAGCCGGGGCAUCCGUAUCAACGCUGUGUCGCCGGGUACUACCGAAACCGACUCUUUUUUCAAGUCCAACUCUGACGACAGCACCCGGAUGUUGGCGCAGCUCAACCCAUUCAAGCGGCUUGGGAGGCCGGACGAGGUGGCCGCCGCUGUGAGCUUGUUGUGGCGUCCAGAGAGUUCCUGGAUUUCCGGUCAAGUGGUCAAAGCCAAUGGGGCGACCUGCUGA